GGUCGGGGGCGGGGCGAGGUGGUUGAGGAAGGCUUGAGGGGAAGAGUGCUAGAGGGGUUGAGGACGGGGAGGUGGAAGGAAAAUGGCAGUGACGGACAAUGCUGGGAUAGGGCUGGCCAUGAAUAUGGAACACCUACCCAUGACCAGGAACUAUCCGCUGAUUUCGUCGGAGAGCAAGGCCGAUCAGCAGGGUGAUCAGCAGCAUCAAGCGGCCUUGGAGGAGCAGCGGCAUCAGCAGAAUCAGCAGCAGCAACUGCAACACCAGUACGGGCAGGUGCACUAUGAGCAGCAGCAGCAGCAGCAUCAAUCUCAGAAUCAAGCGCAUGUCAGUCCCGUUUUACAGAAACAGGUUCCAUCAGGGGGGCAGGGUCAAGGGCAAGGGCAACAUGCGCAAGGGGUGCGAGCUAAUGGGACCAGCGCAGCCAACGGCGUGAAUGGGCACAUCAAAGCAGAGAACGGGAGCGACGGGGGUAAUGACGAAGGGCACACGCUGGAUGCGCGCAGUAAUGUGAGCAACGACAGUCUAAGGGAGCUUGAGGACUUGCUCACGAAGUUGAAUCCUCUGGCGAAGGAGUUUGUGCCUCCUUCCCACACGGACUUGUCCAGCACCGCCGUACCCUCGCCUGCUGCUUCUUCGAAAGGUCAACCUCGCAAGAAGAAGAAUGGUUACAACCAGGGUAACAAUAGGCGAGUCAACAGUCGGACGAGUCGUGCGCAGCGGGAGGAUAGUAUUCGCAGGACGGUUUACGUGUCCGACAUAGAUCAACAGGUGACAGAGGAGCAACUCGCCGCCCUCUUCAUCACCUGUGGCCAGGUUGUGGAUUGCCGUGUAUGUGGUGACCCAAACUCUGUGCUCCGAUUUGCUUUUGUGGAAUUCACUGACGAAGAGGGCGCUCGUGCAGCAUUGAGUCUUGCCGGUACAAUGCUGGGAUAUUACCCAGUUCGAGUCCUUCCAUCUAAGACAGCCAUUGUACCUGUCAACCCGACCUUUUUACCUCGGUCUGAAGAUGAGCGUGAAAUGUGUGCACGGACCAUCUACUGUACAAAUAUUGACAAGAAGGUGUCGCAGGCCGAUGUAAAGCUUUUCUUUGAAUCAUUGUGUGGAGAGGUUGCUCGGCUAAGAUUGUUGGGUGACUAUCAUCACUCUACUCGAAUCGCAUUUGUCGAGUUUGUGAUGGCGGAAAGUGCAAUGGCGGCUUUGAAUUGCAGUGGCGCAAUAUUGGGUUCACUUCCAAUCAGAGUGAGCCCAUCGAAGACGCCAGUUAGACCACGGUCACCGCGUUCCCCAUUGCAUUGAAGCUCCCCAUAGGCCGGACUGGUGUCAACUAUCUUGUGCUCCCUACAGCAGGGUUUUAGAAUCUGCUUACGACUCAAGUGGUCGCUGAGACCCAAUUCAUCAUGUUUUGUCACAUCUCCAGACGUCGUCGAUCUUAAGCUGGAGGCCGGAGGCAGCUUACAGUAGUAGAAGCGUGUUCCUGCUUACGACGGAGCCGCUUUGGACUCCCUGUCCCUAUUCAUCUGCUAUUCCAGAUCUCUACUGCGGAAGGCAGAUCUUGCCCUACCCUACCCCCCUCCCGGUGCUCUUUUGUGCCCGAGAGCCUGCGAUCCCCACAGGGCUUCGAAGUGCGAGUGGCAAGCUAUCUCUUCUCACUUGUAUUUCAUACUUUGUGCGGCAAGAAUGGCAAAGAGGGAAGGUCCCUCCCCCUUCUCUCGGCUCCAGCAUUUAUCCUUCGAAGCUUGCAGCACUCAGUCUACCUUCUCGAGAGACCUCUGGCUAGUUACCCACUGCAAUAAUGGAUUCUUAUCCGCAAUGCCCAAGGCUUUAUUUAAAAAAAAAAAAAAACUAAUUUAUCCUUCCUCUUUUGUGAUA